ACAGCACCCAGGACUGGGGCCAGACCCCUGACACUGGGACAGAUCUCGGAAUAGGCUACACCACUGCCCUGACCCUGAGAUUAGCACCAGCUUCCACCAGUAUUCAGCAAAGCCUGUCCUUGCAAUGGCCACGAACACUACAUCUCCUGCAGGACCCUCCUCACAAAGUUUUAUGUUCAUCUCUCUGCUGGCUAUCAUCCUACUGUCAGUGGCUCUGGCUGUGGGGCUCCCUGGCAACAGCUUUGUGGUGUGGAGCAUCCUGGUAAAGAUGCAAAAGCGCUCUGUCACUGCCCUGAUGGUGCUGAACUUGGCCCUGGCCGACUUGGCUGUAUUGCUCACUGCUCCCUUUUUCCUCCACUCCCUGGCCCGAGGCACCUGGAUUUUUGGAGUGGCUGGCUGCCGCCUGUUCCACUACAUUUGCGGAGUCAGCAUGUAUGCCAGCGUCCUGCUUAUCAUGGCCAUGAGUCUGGAUCGCUCACUGGCGGUGGCCCGCCCCUUUGUGUCCCAGAAGCUGCGCACCAAGACGAUGGCCCGGAGGGUGCUAGCAGGCAUCUGGGUGUUGUCAGCUCUGCUGGCCACGCCCGUCAUUGUGUAUCGCUCUGUGGUACCGAAAAACGAGAGCCUAGUUUGCUUCCUGACAUACUCCAGUGAAAGACACAGAGCCUUCCAUCUGCUCUUCGAGGCUUUCACGGGCUUCCUGCUGCCCUUUCUGGUCGUGGUGGCCAGCUAUUCCGACAUCGGGCGCAGGCUGCGGGCCAGGCGCUUCCGCCGCAGCCGCCGUACCAGCCGCCUGGUGGUGCUCAUCAUCUUGACCUUCACCGCCUUCUGGCUGCCCUACCACCUGGUAAACCUGGCUGAAGCCAGCCGCGCCCUGGCUGGCAGGGCCCCGAGGUCGGGGCCCGUGGGGCUGCGGCUUACCCUGGCCCGCUACGUGCUCAUUGCGCUGGCCUUCCUGAGCAGCAGCGUGAACCCUGUGCUGUAUGCCUGUGCUGGCGGCAGCCUGCUGCGCUCUGUUGGUGUGGGCUUCGUUGCCAAGCUGUUAGAGGCCACCGGCUCUGAGGCAUCCAGCACCCGCCGUGGGGGUACCUUGAACCAGACUGUGAGGAGCUCCCCUGCCUCUCCCGACCCUGGCCCUGCUGAGAGUCUCACUGUCUCCACCAACCCUCUCGAUGAAGCUAACUGAACCAGGCCUGGGAGUACUGGUGGAAAGAAGCUGGCUUUCCUCCUGGCCUGACCCAAUUCUGCACUGCACCUCCAGGAGAAGGCUCAUGGGGGUGGAGCGGAAGAAGAGGGAGGGGAGGGGCAAGUACGGGCAGAAUC